AUGGCCCAGAACGAACUCGACCCCAAGUAUGACCAGUUCGACUACCCGACGGUCUCGCCGAACACGCAGCCCGGCCAUCCUGGCCACCUCACCGAGGAGCAGAAGGCUCAGGUCGCCCAGCUGCGCCUGAUGCUCGAGUCUGAGGGCCACACCAAGCGUCUCGACACAUUGACUCUGCUGCGAUUCCUCCGUGCUCGCAAGUUCGAUGUCAACCUCGCCAAGAAGAUGUUCGUCGACUUCGAGGAGUGGCGAACAGACACCAAGCUCGACGAGACCAUUCAGGGCUGGGAGUACCCCGAGAAGGAGGAUAUCUUCAAAUACUACCCCCAGUACUACCACAAGACCGAUAAGGAUGGCCGCCCCGUCUACAUCGAGAAGCUUGGCACCAUCGACCUGACCGCCAUGCUCAAGAUCACCACCGAGGAGCGCAUGUUGACCAACCUUGCCGUCGAGUACGAGAAGUGCGCCGAUCCCCGUUUCCCCGCCUGCUCCCGCAAGUUCAACCACCUCGUCGAGACCUGCUGCACCAUCAUGGACCUCAAGGGUGUCGGCCUCAUGAAGGCGUCUCAUGUCUACGGCUACGUUAAGAAGGCCUCCGUCAUCUCCCAGAACUACUACCCUGAGCGUCUCGGCAAGCUUUACAUCAUCAACGCUCCCUGGGGCUUCUCCGGCGUCUGGGGUAUCGUCAAGGGCUAUCUCGACCCCGUCACCGUCGAGAAGAUUAGCAUCCUUAGUAGUACUUACCAGAAGGAGCUUCUCGCCCAGAUCCCCGCUGAGAAUCUCCCCAAGUCGCUCGGUGGUAAAUGCGAGUGCCAGGGUGGCUGCGAGCUCAGCGACGCUGGCCCGUGGCACGAGAAGGAAUGGACCAAGGAGCCCUGGUGGGCCAAGCCCCAGCCUGCCGCGGACGUCAUCGAGAACAAGGGCGGCGAGACCGUCACUGCUCCCGCUGCCCAGCCUCCCGCCGGCAUUGCCGUCACCACCGACGGUGCCGCCGACCCCGCCAAGGCUCCCGCCGCGGCAUAA